CGCACCUGACACCCUGCGCGCACGCCGUCUCCUGCCAGCGGCCCUAGGAGGAAACCACGUGACCGGCGGCGCUAGGCCGCGCGAACCAUAGAGAGUGGGAGGGUGCGAGUCCGCCGAGGAGAGAGAGGCCGGCCCCGGAGCUGCCAAAGAGGACGUGACUUGGUGAUGGAGGCUUUGCUGGAGAGAAUGCAAAAUCAAGGGCAUGGAGGCAGAGGGUUCUUGACGUCCUGCGAGGCAGAACUGCAGGAGCUGAUGAAGCAGAUCGAUAUCAUGGUGGCUCAUAAGAAGUCUGAAUGGGAAGGGCAGACCCAGGCUCUGGAGACCUGCUUGGAGAUCCGAGAUCACGAGCUUUCCUCUGUCAAGACUCUGUUGGCUGAGAAACACAAGGAGGUCGGUAGGUUGCGCCAGCAGUUAGAACACACGGAGCAAGACAAACAAGGCAUGGCUGUAGAGUAUGAACAGCAGCUGAAGAAGUUUCAAGAAGAGCUAGGCAGGCUGAAGAGAAGCUAUGAGAAGCUGCAGAAGAAACAACUGAAAGAAGCUAGGGAGGGUCCCAAGUGCCAAGGGGAUGACCGGUCCGAAGUGAGCAGAUUGACUAAGAAGAUAGAGGAGUUCCGUCAGAAAUCUCUAGACUGGGAGAAGCAGCGGUUGCUUUACCAGCAGCAGGUGGCGUCACUGGAGGCCCAGAGGAAGGCUUUGGCUGAGCAGUCUGAGCUCAUUCAGCAGACUCAGCUCACCAAUCGGAAGCAGGUGCUGGAAUCUGUGCAACUGGCCAGCCAAUCGGAAAUCCAGCAUUUAACCAGCAAGCUGGAGCGAGCCAAUGAUACCAUCUGUGCCAAUGAGCUGGAGGUGGAGAGGCUUAACAUGAGAGUGGAUGACUUGACUGGAGCCAGUCAGAAGAUUCUGGAGGAUCACCAAAGAGUCCAAGAAGAGCUGGGGCAUUCUAAGAAAAUGCUUGAGGUAUUACAGGAGGAGAAGUUGGAGCUGAGAGUCACUCUGCAGUCCCAGGAGGAUUUCAUUAAGAGCUCAAAGAUGCAUCAGGAGCAGUUACAGAAGGAGCUGGCCAGCAUAACUGAAACUCUGCACAGCAAGGAGCUCCUUAUCAGGUCACUGGAAGAACACCUGCAUGAGAAACAGCUGUCACAAGAGUUCCCAGAGCUGGAGCACGUUCUCCUGCAGUUGGAUCUUGCACAGAAGAAUGAAAAGAACCUACAGUCAGAGGUGGCUCGUCUUGAGGGCAGCCUAGGAGCCAUAAAUGCCAGGUGUAUACAGCUGAGCAAGGAGCAGAUGGAGAAGUGCAAAGAGCUGCGGGUGAUGGAAGAACACCACUGCCAGGCCAAGGCUGAGAUUAAAAAGCUGAAGGAGCAGCUGUCUCAGGCUGAACAAACACAUAACAGUGAGCUAGAAGGGAUGAAAAAGGAGAUCUCCCAGCUGACGCAGGCACUCCACCAGCGUGACAUUGCUAUCGCCUCGGCCAGCGGGUCCACUUCUGACAUGGAGCAACGAAUGAGAAUGGAGAUUGAAAGAAUAGAGAGGAAAGCUAUGGAGCACAGGCCUUGGGAUCCAGAGACUGGCAUGAUCAGAGCAAGGGACUGGAGAGCCUCCCAGGAAAGCUUUCUAACCCUGUUGUGUCCCCCCGCAGCCUCGUGCUUUCCUGACCAAACCUGUUGCCAUUACUUGUCUUUCCUGCUGAAAGGGGUGUGGAAAAGAAUUUCUGAGCAUGGUUUGAGUGAGGAGGAUCCUGUUGUAGCUGCCUAUGGAGCUCUGGCAUUAUCUAGGCUGUCAGCUGUGUGGAGGGAAAGAGGUAGAGAAGCUUUCCUUGAGCAAAGAGGAACUUUUGACAAUCUUUACUUGAUAAAGGUGAUUCUGGUUCAGUUGGAAACCCUGAGGCUGGAGAACCGUCACCUCUCUGAGAUGUUGCAGAAGGUGGAGUCUAGUGUGUUGGGGGCAAAAGAUGUCCCUGUAACAGACAUCCAAGAAAGCUACACCACAGCGCUAAAUAAAUUAGAGUCUGAGAACCAGCAACUGCAGAAGGACCUGGCAGAGACUAGAGCUAAGUUAGAGUUCUCCACUCAGGUCUGCCGGGACAAGUAUGAAAGCAUCGUGCAGCAAAUGCAAAGCAAAGUGACUGAGAUCAAGGAUACAGAAUGCAGAAGAACCCAGGAGCUGCAGCACAAACACGAGGAAGAAAGAAGGAAACUGCAGGCCAGGCUUGAAAAGACCAUUCAGCACUACAAAGGGGAGAUCCAGACUCUGAAAGCCCAGCAUGUGUUGCCUGGGAUGGGCGCUGUGUCUGGUGCAGCAGGCGGAUUGAGCCCCCACAUCAGCAGGAGCAGCUCUAAGGAAUCCCUGUCCUCUGACUCGCUGCUGGGAGCAGACCCUUUGCCCCCUGUGCUGGAUGGAAAACAAGAUUUCACUGAUGAUGCAUCCAGGGAGUCAGUCUCCAGUCAACAGAGAGAACUUGUGCCUUUGUGCCCCCUGCCUACAGCUCCAAUUGGCUCAAUAGCAGCAAGGUUUUUGGAGGAGGAAGAAGUGAGAUCUCAGCAUAUCCUGGAACGCUUAGAUGCUCACAUUGAGGAACUGAAAAGGGAGAGUGAAAGGACAGUGAAACAGUUCACACGCCAGAAGUAACAGCUCUUCAAGAUCUGUGGAUUUGAAGACUGGUUUAAUUAAACCACAUCAAACUGAGGGGGAAGGUACUCAUGAGCCUAAUAUAACACGGAGCUUGCAGGAGAGAUGUCCCCUCAUUCCCCAAGCUAAAUUAGCAGUGUGGAAAACAAGGAAAUCAUGCUCGUCUCUGGAGCAAAACACUUUGCGUGGUGGGAGUGAUUGUGCUGGUGAAAGUACAUCUCCAUCUGAAACACUGACUCAGGAGGCUAGAGGUCUCUGUUCCAGGAAAGUGUGUGUGUUCACUGCCAUGGAGAUUGUGAUGUCUUCCCAGAGCAAAUUCCAGUGUAAACUAUUUAUUUAAAAUUUAUUUUUAUAUCUGUAAAAAAGAUAAAUAAAAGCAAAAGCAGAAAAA